AUGCAGGUCAGCCAGCAGUGCUACCUUGCCUCGGUACAGCGCACAACGCGCAGCAAGACCCUGCUUCAGCGACGGCGUCGAGCUGGGAACAGUCACCGCUGCGGUACAAAGGAUUUGGAGAUGAAGCGCGUUGGAGUGGACAUCAUCGACAUCGGUGGGGAGUCCAGUCGCCGCGGGGACAAGCCCGUGACACUGAAGGAGGAGAUGCUACGUGUGCUCAUCUCGGCUGGAUUGAACGACCAAAACAUGCUUGCUAUUGUCGCCAAGCUGCGUGUUCCGGUGGUGCUAAUGCACAUGCGCGACACGCCGCAGACGACGGCUGGGAUCAACGAGUACGACGACGUGGUCGCUGAAGUGGGGAAGUGUUGA